GUUUUACAGAUUGACUACUACUGUCCUACGGUUGGCUUUUGGUGGUAAGAGGGGCACCACCAUCAUGAGGCACAUCACCAACUCACGGACAGCCUGAUGUAACGUAUGUGCAUGAGUUGGGGUUGCUCUGCCUGGGAGCCCGGGACUGUCUCGAUGCGCCUACCAAGUACGUACGCAUGCAUAAGAAGGGCCAGCAAACCUCUGGCGCUGGCGAGUCGAGUCCCUGGCACCUCGCGUUCAGUCAUCGUCUUCGUUUCCGCAUCUAGAAAAGGCACUUUGUUUUCUUUCCCCGUCCCGCUCCCGCUCCCGCUCCCGUAACACCCACCGCCCAUCGCUCUUCAGGAGGCAAAUCGCCAGGAGGCAAGCAAGCAUCCAAUGGCUCCCGUGAGCAACCGAGCCGCGGCCUCUCCCGAUGACUCCACCUCUUCCCCGCCACCCCUGGGGAGCAGGCCCUGGGUCGUCAUCAGCAUCGUCUUCGGCGCCCUAUGCGUCGUCGGCAUCACCGCAUCGCUCAUCCACCGACAGUACAAGAAGCGGAGGCCGUACCGGGAGGUCGCCGGCGGGCCCGCCGACAUGCAGCCCGUCGUCGUCGUGGGGGUCCCUAUGAGCAGCAGGCCGCCCAGUCUCACCGCGACGUGGCCCAAGCCGUCGCCGUCGCUGAGCAUCGGCGGCAGCAUGCGCAGCAUGCGCAGCGUCGUCGUCGUCGACGACGAGGAGCUGGAGGCGCAGAGGGCGGAAAUCAUUCGCAAGUCGCUCGCCAGCCGCGCCUCGUCGCACGACACCCUGCAGCAGCAGCCGCUCCCUUGUUACGGCGAGGGCGACGAGUCGUACCCGCGCCAACACGGAGAACAACAAGUCGAGAAGCCGCAAAGCCCAGACAGACAACAACAGCAGCAGCAGCAGAAGGACGUCGGCGACACUGAAGUCGACACGCCGGUGGAGAGCCCCGUCGGCAUGGUGCGAGACUGGAAGCGAUGGGAGGCUGGCGUCCGUCAGGACAGGUCUCGAUCCCUCGCGCACCACCCCAGCAUGGAAGACACAUCCGCGACCGAUGCGAGAGCUGCUGUGGCACGUUCGCUAGCGACGUCGCCGCCGGCCCAUCGCCCCUUGACCUAUCCGGCGACGACCGACGUUUCGCUAGCAUUGCCCUUUGGAGGCCGGCAGCUUCCCAUGUACUCGCCCUUGUCUCCGGUGGGAGAGGCGGAGAAUGAGUACACGCAUUUUUAAAAGAUGAG